AUGCAUGGCACCAUGUCGAGCCCAAUUGAGGGAAAGACUGUGAUCGAACUGGCGGAGAAUGUGGAAUCUGGGAAGCCGGCGGCAGAUCACGUCCUGGUCAACGCCGAUGGAGAGGUCCAGCAACUGCCAGUGCCCAGCAAGGACCCCAACGAUCCGUUGAACUACACGAAAUGGGAGAAGAUUGGUAUCAUCGUCAGCUGUUGCUGGUUUUCAACCAUGUCAUUGUCCUUGGUGGGAGGCUUGGGCCCGAUUCUAGAUGUCUUCUUCCAGAUGUACUUGGCCACUGGCCAUACUACUAAUCAGGUAGUCUGGCUUUCAACGUUUCCAUCUCUCUUCGUCGGUAUUGGCAACUUCGUCGUCCUUCCAUUGGGGCUCCUGUACGGUCGGCGAUUUAUCACUAUCGUCUCGACCAUUGUCCUAUUUGCAGCAACGAUCGGAUGUGCGGCGUGUAAUACCUGGGAGCAACACUUCGCCCUGCGAAUCAUUCAAGGCCUGGCAGCUGGAGUGACUGAAUCGAUCCUUCCACUGGUCCUUGCUGAAGUGACAUUCGUUCAUCAACAUGGAACAGUGUACGGAUUCUACUGGGCAGCACAGAGCACCAUUACUGGACUUCUCAAUCUUGCCGCUUCCUAUGAGGUUGCCGCUCUAGGAUGGAGAUGGUACUACUGGGUGUUCUCCAUCGCGGUUGGACUUGGCCUAAUUUUGAUGGCCUUGUUCGGCUUCGAGACCAAAUACCAGCGCAGCGGCCAGUUUCUGAACGGCCGCCUAGUCGUCACUGAUCAAUUCGGGGUGACUCGCAUGCUUACUGAACAUGAGACUCAAGAAUACCUGGAGACUCACGGACAUCCUGGCCGUGAUGAUCACAUACCAGAGGAGCUGCGUCCGAAGAAAACGUACCUGCAAAUGUUGAUUCCAUGGUCUUCUCCGACAGAAAGCCCCUGGACACUGAUUCCCCGUACUACCUUCCAAAUCUUUGAGGCGUUCAUGUCCCCGGGAAUUCUCUACGCAACGCUCCUCUCUUCCGUCGUUCUCGGGGCCUCAAUCGGCAUGUCUCUCUCCUACAACACAGUCCUUCAAUACAAUUAUGGCUGGGCACCGAAAUCAAUCGGCUUAAUCAACCUCGGCGGUGUCUUUGGGGGCUUCGGCGGCAUGCUCUAUGCGGGCUUCUUCGGCGACAAAUUCAUCCUCUGGAUGGCCAAGCGCAACGGCGGAGUCCACACCCCCGAGCACCGCCUUCCCCUGCUAAUCUUCCCCGGCGUUCUCGGAGUAGUCGGCCUCCUCCUCUACGGCUUGACUGCGAACGGCAGCGCUACCUGGGGCGGACCUUAUAUGGGCUGGACGCUAUUCCAGAUUACAUUUGUCUCGGUGCUGAUUCUCUCAACGUCGUUCGCUGCUGAGGCGUGGGAGAAGAAUCCCGGUCCCGCGAUCGUGGCUGUUGUCGGCGUGAAGAACAUCGUUGCCUUCGGGUUGAGUUAUGGGAUUAAUCCGAUGGUCAACAUGUAUGACUAUCCCGUCGCAAUGGGCAUUCUCGCUGCGAUCUGUGGCGGAGUUUUCUUGUUGGGUGUCCCGGUUUACUUUUUGAAUCCCAGGUGGCGGCGAUGGAUGGAUUUGAAGGAGCGGAGAAACGCAGCGACUUGA